GGUGGGCAAAACUGACAGCUUCCCAGACACACACAUACAUGCGUCGCAAUAUCCCAACGUGGGUAUAUUCGGCAAAUCGACAUUGUUGGAUUGGCUUACGACGUACACGUUUCCGCUGGAAUCGUCAUUGGGAAACGUCAAAUCUCCUAUGUACAAAGAUGCCGUCAGUUCCCCAGAGCCGCUUGCUCGAGCAAAGGCGGUAUACAACCGUCUGGUCUCACGGACACUUGCCAAUGGAACUACAACGGCAUCAUACUAUGCGACCAUUCACGUUGAUGCGACGAACCUACUGGCAGAUAUCACUUUUGCCAAAGGUCAGCGAGCAUACAUUGGACGGGUCUGCAUGGAUCAGCCAGAAAUGUGUCCAGAUUACUAUCGAGAUGAGAGCACGGAGCAGACCAUCUCGAACACCAAGGCGAGCAUAGCACAUUGCAGAUCUUUGGAUGCCUCUGGUGAGCUCGUGGCUCACAUUGUCACUCCAAGAUUUGCGCCUAGCUGUCUACCCCAGACCUUAAGCCAGCUCGGUGAAUUGGCGAAGGAAGAGGGCCUUAGGAUCCAAACACAUAUUUCGGAGAAUUUGAACGAAGUCAAGUUGGUGAAAGAGCUGUUUCCUGACCGGUCAAGCUACGCAGAUGUCUACGAUCAUCACGGAUUGUUGACACCCAAAACGAUCCUGGCACAUGCAGUUCACCUGAGCAGAGAGGAGAUGCGGUUGGUCAAACAGAGGGAAAGCAAGAUCAGUCACUGUCCAAAUAGCAACAGUGCGCUGGGGAGUGGAUUCUGCCCGGUGCGGGAGUUGCUGGACGAAGGCAUCGAGGUAGGCCUAGGGACGGAUGUGAGUGGCGGCUAUAGUACGAGCAUCCUCGACGCUGUGAGAAAUGCUUGCAUUGUCAGUCGGCAUGUUGGGUUCCUUCACGACGGAGACAGCAGGUACAAUCUUGGUGUGGCGGAAGCAUUGUGGCUGGCUACCAUGGGCGGAGCAAAAGUUGUGGGUAUGGAAGGGCGUCUCGGCGGUUUUGAGGAGGGAAUGCUCUGGGAUGUACAAGAGAUUACUUUGGGAGAUGUUGAGAGUGACGGUCAGGGUGAAGAUACGCAUGUGGACAUAUUUGGAUGGGAAAGUUGGGAGAAUAGAGUCGCCAAAUGGGUAUGGAACGGGGACGACAGGAACAUACGGCGGGUUUGGGUUGGAGGACGGUUAGUUCACGAGAGGCGAUGAUUACACUUUGUUUUGUCAGAUACCCAUUUUCUGUUGGCAGAUGCUCAGACUGUAUUGUCUUCCAAGAAUGCGAUAGUUAUAAAGUGUACCGCAGCA